GCCGGAGCUCGACCCGCUGCUGGGGCGGCAGCCGCCUGUGGUUGACAUCGCUCCUGGGAAGCCCGGCCUCAGCCCCCUGCCUUACAGCCCCUCUGCAUGGGCGACCUUCUCACUCAUCCAGCCGCCCGACGCCGUCACUGCGCGCGGGAUAUUCGACCUCGGACGCAAGGACGCGCACGCGUGGGCAGCUGAGGUCGGGCUGGCCAGGGCGGCGGCGGCGGCGGCGGCGGGACGGCGGCGGCUGUGA